CACAACACACACACACACCUGGGAGCAAAGCAGUGCGGACGGAUGCAACAUAAAACACACACUAAGAACUACACCACGUACCACACACACCGAGACAGAACAAAUGCUGACUCCAGACAACCUCAUCAGAGGAAGCAGCAGCCCCAGUAGCAGCAGAAAGAAGAGAACCACGAGGAAAACCACCAGAGGAACCCCUCUCACUCCUCUCCUCUUCCAAGGACCUCAGCUCUGAGAUGGGCUGCUCCUCGGGACGCCAGGCCCCAGGGCUUCACUCAGACCUGGACUGUGGCAGCAGCCUACCCCCGGAGUCGCCCCAUGGAGGAGGGGACCUGGUCUUACCCCCAGAGUCACUCUCUACGCUGCAGUGUCUGGCCCAGGCCACGGGUGGUACGGAGAAGUCCUGGUACCGCUGUGUGUUUCCGUUUGGGGUGAUCUCUUUGGUGAUCGGGGUAGCGGGAACGGCAGUCACCUUCAUGUAUAACACGCCAGACCUGUACCAGACCAAGGUGGUGUCCAUGGUGCUGCUGGUGGUGGGGGUGGUCAUGCUGCUGGUGGCGGCCAUCUGCUGGAGGGACCACAGGCUGAAGAGGAGGAAGAAGAAGGAGGGAGGUUUCUUCUGCUCCGAACAGGGCAACUUGUGAGGUCUGGAGGAGGAAGAAGGGGGGAUUGAUGGUACAGAGACAUAGACACAAAUAGAUGGAUGGAUGAGUUGAACAUCUGAAAGGUCCAAACCGAUCAACCUGGCACGUGCUUAACUCUCGGAGCGAGACACUAGAUCUCACUGAACUGGAGAAGUGGUGGAAAGGGUCGAGAGUUCCUCUUCCUUGUUUGGAAUCCUAACCUCCAUCUCCUCCACUUUUUCCUCUCUCUGUUUUUCCAAUCCCCGUGUC